UUCGCCAAGAGUCACUCCCGCAAUCUCGGAGGUUAAUAAGAGUCAAAGCCUUUUUCCAAAGAAAGAAAGAUGGGGAGAACCCCAUGUUGCGCUAAGGAAGGCUUAAAGAAAGGAGCUUGGACUCCUUCGGAAGAUACAAUGCUGAUAGACUACAUCAAGUCCCACGGCCAGGGAAAAUGGAGAAGUCUUCCCAAACGAGCAGGUCUCAAAAGAUGCGGGAAGAGCUGCAGGCUUCGUUGGUUGAACUAUCUGAGACCUGACAUCAAGAGAGGAAACAUAACUGAUGAUGAAGAAGACCUCAUAAUCAGGCUACAUAAGCUCCUUGGAAACAGAUGGUCCUUGAUAGCUGGAAGGCUUCCGGGGAGAACAGACAAUGAAAUCAAGAACUUUUGGAACACCAACCUCGCCAAGAAAAUUGGAGGCCCUCAACACUUAGCCGCCGAGCCGUCAUCAUCAACAACUAGGUCCAGAGCAGCCCCAGUACUGCAAAAUCCGACAAGCACUCAUCAGCCGUCAAAUACAGAAAAACUAGAAGGAUCCCCUACUCAUGUGGUCCGCACGAAGGCUAGAAGGUUAACUAAAGGUUUCAUCAACGUAGACUUACAAACUUCUUGUACACAACAACAACCCGGCAUAAUUAUGGCACCGUCCGGGGCUGCAGCCAAAGACGACUUCAGCGAAGCUCGUACUACUGACAACGGCGAAAAAGUUGGCCCCGACCCUGCAUCAGGUGCUUUUUCCGGAAAAGGAGGCUACUACUCUUCGGACUUCGUGAUGGAUUUUGAAAUGGACGACGAUUUCCUUUCUGAUUUUCUCAACAAGGAUUUCGUGGGAUUUGAACAGGAUUUUCCCCAAGUGCUCGCAAAUGGUACCUGCGUUGAGACGAAUGGUGAGGCCAUUGAUUUCUCUCCCAACUGCUGUCCAAAACCGCUUUCGCAGGUUGAUCGGAAUGAUCAUGGGGAUCUUGGUUCCAUGCCAACUCUUCUUGAUACUGCUCUGGCCUGGCUUAACGAAGACCACUAAAUUAAGCAGCUAGAAAGAUAGCGUCUUCUUGUACCCGAGAACAACUGUGCUUGUAUUAUCUUUGUGAUUAUUAAUAAAAUGGACGUUGCAAGUAA